AUGGAGCGCUCCUUCAUUUAUUGUUCCCAAGGCAAACGGACAAUGCCACCUUGUCACGGACUUUUGAGUCUUAAACUCAAUGUUCCAAAAUUGAGUCUAUCCACGUCCAAAAAUUCCGAUUUACUUACAGACAUGGGCGCAAUGCCCUCAGCUUACAUUUUUCAAGAAGCUAUGAAUCGCCUCAUGGAAGGCCUGGGCGACGUCUUAACAUACUUAGACGACGUCCUCUGUGUCACCAAAGGUGACUUUGAAGUCCACCUUCAAAGGCUCAAACUAUGUCUCCAACGGCUCCACAAAGCCGGCCUUCAAGUUAAUUUACCCAAAUCUGAGUUUGCAACUCAACAAUUUAAAUACUUAGGCUACUUGGUCUUGCACCAAGGCAUUUGCCGAAGCGAUUCAGCGGUUGAAACCCCCAAAAACUUUGAAACAAUUACGCUCAUUCCUUGGCAUGCUCAAUUAUUACCGUGA